AGUAUGCUGCAGAAGGACAACUCCAAUGCGACCGGAGAGAUAAGACCGGAGCAGACUGCACGGAAAGUGUGCUCACUGACGAAGUUUGGUUUCAACGAAAAGUUAUUUUCUAGUUGUUCACAUGACACGUGGGGAUAAGAAGUGCGUGGUAACACAGUAGAUUUGGACAAGACCUGAAACAAGUAGCCUCGUUAAAAAAAGCGAGCGCGUCUGCUUGCGAAACACUUGUGGCUUUUUGGCUUGCAAUUGGGAAGCGGUGUGUAUACCAACAACCCAUGGAGCAGGAAACCUUGGAAACCUUGGAGAUUAUUGAGAGAGGAGAGCGGUCUGUCAGCAGGGGUACUGAGGCCACGCCCCCAUAUGGCUAUCAGCUGGACCUGGACUUCCUGAAGUAUGUGGACGACAUACAGCGUGGCAACACCAUCAAGAGGCUGAACAUCCAGCGGAAAUCCAGGCCUGUCCGGCCGACGGCGGAGCCCGUGCCCAGGGGAGGUUACUCUGGUGGGGGCAGUGGGUACAGUGGGCAGGGCCAGGCUGAAUGGACCUCCACAGGCUCCCUACCCUCCUCCAGUGAAGAGGCACAGCAGAGUCCCCUCUUCUACCCCUCACCCCAGCCUCACCCUCCCCCCACCCUGAUUUACCACGCCCAUGCCCCUCUCCCUUCCUGUGAGACUCCCCCUCCCCUUCCUCCCCUACCCCCCGAGGGCUACCUGAUCGUCCCCGCCGAAGCCCACCAACGGCCCCUUCUCCCGCCCCCCUCUCUGUGGGAACCUCCCCUCCUCAACCCCCAGGUUGAGAAGACCCUGAUGGAGACGAGGAGGAGGUUAGAACAAGAGCGCCACCUCAUGCAGCCCCCUCCCUCCGAACCCCCUGGCCCUGCUCCUCGCCACCGCCUGGCCUCCUUCGGAGGGAUGGGGGGUCCAGCACCUCCCUGUUCUCCCCCUGCUUCCAACGGGGGUGGAGGUAGUGGAGAGUACAACCCCUACUACACUUCCAUGGGUUCCUCUAUGCACCACAGCCCCAUGUCCUCGGGCAUGACCACGCCGGCCACCAGCGUGUCUCCACUCCACCUGCAGCACAUCCGGGAGCAGAUGGUGGUGGCACUGCGGAGGCUGAAGGAGCUAGAGGAGAAGGUGAGGACCAUACCUGUCCUGCAGGUGAAGAUAGCCGUGCUGCAGGAGGAGAAGAGACAGAUGACCUGUCAGAAGAACCAACGGCUGGGGGUGGGGGGCAUAGUGGGGGAGGGGUUCAGGAAGAGGUCCUAUAGCGUGGGCAGUGCUGACCAGCUGGACCCCCAGACACAUACCCUACAGACCCAGGAGCUGCACAUCAUGGAGCCAGAGGGCCAGGAGUGUCAGGGCCAUAGUCAGAGUACCAAGGGGAUGGAGGAGUUCAGGAGGCUGGCUGCAGAGGUCCAAGCCCUGGGGACAAACAGCCAGGAUCAAGGAUCUCACCAGGCCAGGCGGACCCAGACCUCCCUCCCUCUCACUCACAAUAACAACAACCAGCUCACCUCCACGGCGGUCGGCCCAGAUGAGAACAUGAACGACGCCACGGUGGUCGCCCAGAGGAAGUCGCCGGUGAUGACGAUGGUACAACAACGACGCUUCUACUGUGACGUCGGAAUGGCGACGGAGCAACGUGAGACUCUCAGUGCUGGGACGGGCGUGACGGAAGCCAUGUUGGGCGUGACCAGCGAGGUGGAGGCAGAGCUAGACUUGCAGCAGCAGACCAUCGAGGCCCUGAAGGAGAAGAUCUACCGGCUAGAGGUGGACCUGAGAGAGACCACCCACCUGAUGGAGAUGUCCAAGCUGAAGCUAGAGCUGCAGGCCGCUGGGGGAGCCAAUAAGAAGAGGGCUGAUAAAGGCUGCCAGGUGCGGCCAGACACCUACAGCAUGGCCUGCCAGGCGCGGCCAGACACCCAGAGCACUGGCUCAGAGACCUGGAGAGUCCAGACACACAGCCAGGGAGUGGGGAACCAUCUAGAGACCAGCCAUGCCUCCACAGGGGAGACCCUCCACACUGUAGGGGUAGGGGUGUCCUGUCAACCCAUCCUGAGACACACUGCUUCGGGUCCUGACCUGCCCAUGGAGAGGUGGCUGGUGCAGGAGAGGGUAGAGGUGCAGGACCAGUGUGUGGGGAGGCAGUUGGAGGUGUGUGACCAGGGGGUGGGGGUGGAGGUGGGGCUGUGUGACCAGGGGGUGAACACUGAUGAGGAAGUAGACAGUCUGGAGCUGUGUAAGGCCCAGGAGAUCGAGGCCAGGGAGAGGGAGAGCAGGUCGGUGGGCGUUGGGGAGUGUUCUAGAGACGUCACCAUCUCUCCCAUCAGACAGCUGGUUACCACGGGGACUAACCCUGUCCUGGGCACCACCACGGACUCUGCUGUCAUGGUAACCCCAGACACAGCCUCCCAACACACCAGCACCCUACUGGAGACCGCUAGCCAACACACCAACACAGAGACAGUGGUGCUAGCUGACGGCUGUACCAACACCCCCCUGCUCCACACGGCUGAGAAACACACCAGCACGCUAACCAAUCACACAAGGACUGUCGCUGUGGGCGAGGGGCUGAUCAAAGACCCACAGACCAAAACCAGGUCUGUUGCCGUGGGAAACACAGCGGAGGGCGACGGCGGUCCGGAGGAGGCAUGGUCGGCCCAGACCAAAGAGGUGGGCGUCGGCCUGGUCGGCAUCCACACUAACUUCCUGGUCGGCCUGAAGACUCGGAACAUUGCAUGUGGCCCCUCCCACCUGGAUGGAACCGCUGUUACCCAGGAGACCAUUGCAGUGACGACUGUUGUACCACCUCAGGCCCAGGCCAUACCACCGCCCCAGCAGGUGGAGGGGGGGGCAGGUCUAGACCACUACAUAGAGAGGCUUCAGAAGCUACUUCAGGAACAACAGAUGCUGUUGACUGAGAACUACAGUGAGCUAGCGGAUGCUUUCGGACAGCCCUGCUCUUCUCAGUUCACCCACUUUGGUUCUAUCAACAGCCAGCUGGUCAACACUCUGACUUCUAUCAGCUCUGUCAUGAAGCAUGGCAGUGCUGAGGAUCUGAGAACACAGCGAGAUAGCAGCAGCACCAUGACAGAAACUAGGACCUGCCUUGUUGAUAGUGUUCACAAGCAUUUCUCUACACUCAGUUCAGAGGUUAGCCAGACGGAGGUAGUGUCACAUGACCCCAGGUCCCCGCCCAGCCCGGCCACGCUGAAGCACCGCAUGGACCAGCAGAUGUCCAGCGCCUUGAACGGAUCGGAUAGUGCCCUGAAGUCCAUCAUGAAGAAGAAAGAUGGCCAGCAGGGUUCUUUGGGAACCAAGAAGAACCUACAGUUUGUAGGAGUCAAUGGAGGGUACGAGACAACGUCGAGUGAUGAAUCAGAGGACAGCAGCUCCUCUGAUACAGAAGAGGAGGAGGAGGAAGAGGAGGAGGAGGGGAAUGUGUUCGGAGGAGGAGAGGAAGCUGAAGAGAGGAACACAGAGGAAUUCCAGAACGAGGGUGCAGUGGAAGCGGGAACGAGUGAAGAGGAGGGAGGAGGAGACAAGCUAGAGAUGAGAGAGAGGUUUGAGUUGAGUGAGAAGAUGUUGGCUGCCUGUAACGUGUUGAAGAACCACCUGAAUGAUGGCAAGGCCUUAACCAGUAAAGAUGUGAGAGCCUGUGUGAACACAGUUCAGAGCGAGUGGUUCUGGGUGUCCAGUCAGAAGACGGUGGUGCCCGGCAUAGUGGAGGACUAUUUGACAGCGUUCCGUGACAUCUCGCCGGCCAUGCUGCGUCACAUUGUCAACAUGGCGGACGGUAACGGGAACACAGCGCUCCACUACAGCGUGUCACACUCCAACUUCCACAUCGUCAAGACGCUGCUCAACGCAAAUGUGUGUAACGUGAACCAGCAGAAUAAGGCUGGCUAUACUCCCAUCAUGCUGUCUGUGCUGGCGGCUGUGGAGGCUCCUAAAGACAUGGCCAUCGUAGAGUACCUCUUCAGCAAGGGAGACGUCAACGCUAAGGCCAGCCAGGCUGGCCAGACAGGGCUGAUGCUGGCGGUCAGUCAUGGCAGGAUGGACAUGGUUCGGGCGCUGCUGGCCCAGGGGGCAGAGGUCAAUGUCCAGGAUGAUGAGGGUUCUACAGCCCUGAUGUGUGCCAGCGAACAUGGCCACGCUGAGAUAGUCAAACUACUGCUGGCCCAGCCGGGCUGCGACGCCACUCUCAGCGACAGUGGAACCCCUCGUCUGAGUAGGAAGAUGUCCCCCAGUCCCACCAGGAGGGGCAUGUUUGACUAG